ACUGCGGCGCGCGCGCACUUCACUCGCUCCUCUAGUCGCGUUCGUUGUGCCUCGAUCUCCGCUAUCUCGAGUGUUGUAGUUGUUAUCAUUAAGCAUCUAUGUUGUGCGUAUCUUAUAAACUGCUGGACGUUUGAGAUGCCGAAUUUUGAUGGAGAGUUUGCUAGCUGCCUGGACUGAGGAAUAUGAAGUGGCUAUGUCCUGUCAUCAUUUUUAGCUUCAUUCUCUUUGAGACUUUUCCAGGACAUCAUAUUGAAAACGAGGUGACAGCGCACCAUGAGGACCAAAUGAUUUAUACCGAAGACAGUGAUGGUUUAGAUUAUAUUGUUAAACAUAAAAAAGGUUCACAUUUAAAGGGGUCUUCAUACACGUCGUGGGGUCGUUGGAGUCCGUGUCAGGGCGGGCAUAGGACCCGUCGACGACACUGCUUACGUCGACACAUAUGCGGAGACUCGCUUCGCAUAGAAAUCGCUAGGUGCAAAGAAAGAAAACAUCGAGCCCGGAAUAAUCCAUCACCAGAAGCGCUAACAGAAAGAAAUGUUACAAUACAAGUACGACAGCUGAAGGCCGAGGACGUGCAGAAGAGGUUCCGAGGAUUCUCGCAAUGGAGCUCGUGGAGCGCCUGCUCUAGAAAAUGUACUACGGUCAGACGGAGGCACUGUUUACGACGAGCGAUAUGCGGUCGACAAGUGAUACGGCAGUCAGCGUACUGUUACAUGGAAGGCAGUUACUGCCACCAUUGGAUUCGAACCAGGAUGCAGAGGAGAAAGGACCCAGGAUAUUCAAGUUAUUCAACAGAGCAGUUUAUGGCGGCGACUCCAGCCCCUGCAAUACAUCCUCAAGAUUCCCGAGCAAGUCCACCCACACCCCCUUGUGGGAGAGUAGGUCGGUAUCGGGGGUCUGCGUCUGCGCGCCUUCGACAGCGCAUGCGUGAUAUGGUGCGCAUUAUUGGUGGACGGCCAGCGCCACCUGGCAAAUGGGCCUGGCAAGUCGCUGUACUCAACCGAUAUAAGGAAGCAUUCUGCGGCGGCACCCUCGUCUCACUCCGUUGGGUUGUGACGGCGGCACAUUGCGUGCGCAAACGCUUGUACGUGCGGUUGGGCGAGCACGACCUGCUACUCAGGAACCGCGGCGAGGUGGAGAUGAAGGUCACGGAAGCCGUCAUACAUCCUCGCUAUGACCCUGACACGGUCGUCAACGAUGUCGCUAUGUUACGAUUGCCGGAGUCUGCUCGGCCGGACUUAGGCCAUGGCGUGGCAUGUUUGCCGGCACCCUAUCAACCAUUACCACCCCAUACCUCCUGUGUUAUUUUAGGAUGGGGUAAGAAGAGACCCACUGAUGUCCAUGGGACCAGAGUAUUACAUGAAGCACAGGUAUCAACAAUACAACAGGGAGUGUGCCGCCGUUCAUACUGGCAGUAUGCUAUAACAGAUGACAUGGUGUGCGCUGGGCGAGGACGUAGAGACUCUUGCGCCGGAGACUCAGGAGGACCGCUACUCUGCAGGGAUCGUACUAUGAGAUAUUUCUUACAGGGUAUCACGAGUUUCGGCGAUGGUUGCGGUAAACGGGGCAAGUACGGAAUUUACACGCGGACCGCAGGCUACGUGUCAUGGAUGCGUGACGUCAUGAACAAGAAGUAUUUCGACUGAAACCGCAAAAGGUCUCAAACCCCUUUUGGCAGAGUUGUGGUUACCUAAACCUAUUUGUUAUAAUUACGCUCUUCCCAAAUUGUUUUCUUUUUAUUUUAUAACUGAUGUGAUGUAAAAACUCGUACGUACUUAUAGCAUUUCCUUCCAAUUCCAAAAUAUAAGUGAUCCCUGAUUUUCCAAAUAAAAAACUUGCGUAAAAUAUCUGACCUCACCAACUUUACGAACGCCAAGAAAUGAGAAGCGACAUUUACCGACCAAUUUUAUAACAAAGUUUUACCAUACCAUACCACACAUAAUAUUAAUUUAUAUAGACUUUAUCAUUCAACAGAAUAUAUACUAUUUAAGACGGAAAAUUUCUUUCCAACCAAAGUCUAACUGAUUUAUACAUACCUAUAAUAUCUAUAUCUAAUUUUCACUUAUGACCUCAUUUGAAAUAAACUAAGUUCAAGGUUACGUUCAUAACUUUACCUAAAAGGUCAAUUUAUAGCUUGCUGUAAUACCUAAUAUUAUUGACGAUGGAUACUUACCUAGUAAUAUUUUGAAAGCGAACGUAUCUUGCUAAUGUUACUUUAUCAAAUUUGGGUACAAGACUAUUUGUUUUUAUGACUUUAUAUUAAUAUUACAUUUUAUUUAUGUAUAACAUUUUGAAAUAUAAUUUUAUGUGCUUUAGUUUAUGUCCGAUAGAUUUGUCAGAUUACUUGAUGAUGAACAUUUUUACGAACAUUGAUUGAUGAUAUGAGACACCGUCCUAGUAAGAGGUUGCAAAUGACCAUAAUCUGAGGGCUUAGUACCUACGAGUUCGUUUUACGUUUAAAGAAAUCAAAACGUUACUCAGUUUAGCUCUCUGAUUGGUUGAUUCAUUGGAGCAGGCCAAUCAGAGCGCCGAACGCUGUGACGUUUAAAUUUUGUUAAACGGAACAAACUCAUACUGAACCCUCAGAUGGUUAUUAUUCGCAGCCUCUUACAAAGAUGAUGUCUAAUACAUAUCAUAUGCUUUGCGACGUUGCGGCGUUCGGCGCUCUGCAGCUGUAGCCAAAUGCCAUUUAGCACUUGUCUGCAUAUAGAAUAAAAAACCAAAUAAUGGGAUUGACGUAAA